AUGAAAGAACUUGAUCUUGCCUUUGAUGAAGAUAUUUUUCACAGGAGAACAUCACGUACGCCAACAUUCACAUUAAGUUCAUCAUCUUCUGCAUCUUCGUCAUGUUCUAAUCUAUCUAAUAAUCAAAAUGGACGAACAUCAAAAACAACAACGACAUCAACGUAUACUUCAUCAUCUAAUUCAUAUAGUUCGGAAAAACGACUCCUUAUACAUUCCCAAUCGCUCAUGCUAGAUAAUCAACGACAGCGUCCAACUAUUUAUGAUCCUUAUAAAUUAUCAUCAAAUCUGCAAAUCCUAAAUGAUUGGAUGAUUACAACGACGGGUAAAAGUCGAAGAGAAUUGAGCGAAGUGCAUGGUUUUUCUGAAGAACAAAUUGCUGUAUUCGAAGAAUCAUUUUCUUUGCUGGACAAAGACGGAGAUGGAAAUAUAUCAAAUUAUGAAAUUCGUUCAUUAAUGAAUUCACUAGGUUAUUCACCAAGUGAAGAAGAUAUUUCAACUGUGAUAUCAAAAGUUGAUACUGAUGGUAAUGGAAGUGUUGACUUUGAUGAAUUUUUAACUAUGAUGCGAUGUCGUCGAUCAACAGGCGAAAGUGAUACAGAAUUAUAUCAAGUUUUUAGAGUUUUCGAUAAAAAUCGAGAUGGUUAUAUUGAUAAAGAUGAACUUUAUGAUAUGCUGUCAAGGCUUGGUGAACAUAUAACAGAAGAAGAUGUUAAAGAAAUGAUUGCAGAAGCUGAUUGUCUUGAUCAUGAUGGAAAAGUCUCUUAUGAAGAAUUUAAAGCAAUAUUAUAUUCAAAAUAA